GUGUAUAUACACACCUCGCCUCUCGUUGUUGUACAAACCCAAAGACUGUGCAGAAGACCGCAUGUCACAACUCUACGACGCACUGAGUGGAACUGCAUAGCUAUUAUGGAGGGCGAAGUAUGGAGGUUGAGAUCCAAGGAGAUUUGGACGCGCUGCUGGCUGGUCAUGGACGGCGACAGAGGCUCCCUUUACUUCUACUCGUCGAAGACCAAAAGCGAGUCUCACGGAGAGAGUGUGAGGCUGGGGCAGGCAAGAGUCGAGCCGGAGAACGAGCUCUGUUUCUCCCUGGACUGGGGCUCAAAGAGAAAGAUUCUACUCAGAGUUGAGACUGAUGUGGAGAGGCAGCGAUGGCUAGCUGCCUUGGAAUCUAUUACGAGCUGCAGUGAGAGAGACAGAAGUGAUGGGGAAGACGGAGCAGAAGACAAAGGAGAGAAAGAAGAUGGCUGUGAGAGCAGUCGAUUUUUUGACGAGGAGUUCUGUGAUGCUGAUGAGAGGGUUGCCCCCAUUUCUCCAGCUAGUGACGUGAAGCCUGGGAGCCAGGCAUGGGAGGUGGAGGAAGACCCAGACUAUGUAGAGAAUGAAGACAUGGCCAGUAGCAUGUCGCAGAAUAAGAGUGUCAUUAUGCACCUACUCUCGGAGGCGAGAAGGGGGCUGGACUUGACACACAUGAGGCUCCCUGCCUUUAUGCUGGAGAAGAGAUCCACUCUCGAGAUGUUCUCGGGGUUCCUGGCACACCCCGACAUUUUUGCAGCUGUUCCUGACCAUGCUAGUGCAAGAGAAAGAAUGGUGACUAUCGUCCGGUUCUACCUCUCUGCCUUCCAUGCCACGAGAACUGGCAAAACAGCUACGAAGCCAUACAACCCAGUGCUGGGCGAGACCUUCCACUGUUUCUGGGACCUACCUGGUGAUUCCUCGUCCACUACUACCACUGCCACCAGUGCCCCUCGUCCUGACACACAGCAGACACAGAGCCUAGUGGAGAGUGGACCAGUGCCAUAUGCCAGCUAUAACUCUGUUUCAUUCACAGCAGAGCAAGUGUCCCACCACCCACCAGUGUCUGCAUUCUAUGGCGAGUGUGUUCCAAAGAGGAUGUACGUGACUGGCUCCAUCCACACAAAGAUAAAAUUUCUCGGACUGUCUGUUGGCGUAUACAACACUGCCUCUCUGAAGAUACAUCUGCUGGACCAUGGAGAGGAGUACACGAUGACUUUCCCCAACACCUACAUCCGCUCCCUGCUCACCUACCCCUGGCUGGAGCUCGGUGGUCGAAGUACCAUCUCCUGCGCUCAGACUGGCUACUCGGCCAACUUUGACUUUCACUGCAAACCAUUCUAUGGUGGAAGGAAACACCAAGUCUCAUGUGAGAUCAGUCACAAAUCUGAGAAACUCCCGUUCCACAAGAUCGAGGGAGAGUGGAACGGAGUCAUGUACACCAAGUUCUCCAAGGAGAGACGGGACGUGUUCAUGGACACGGUCAACACCCCAACACGGAGGAAGAAACUGCUGACACUCUCGGCCCAGGAUCCGGGGGAGUCUCGUCGCCGAUGGCAACACGUCACCGAGGCCCUAGCAAGGGGCGACAUUGAUACUGCGUCGCAAGCCAAGCAUAUUGUUGAGGAGGAGCAGAGAGCCGACGCUAGACUAAGACAGGAACAGGGAAUAGAAUGGCAACCUAAGUAUUUUCAUGCAGAAGGUGAUGGCUGGGUCUUUAACUCUCCUCUUUCUACUAGAUUGAAUCAAAAGUAACAAUUUUUGUGUUGUUUGCCUAUUUAUCGCACCUCUUUUUAUGGUUAAACAUGUGAUUUUACAUCUCACAUACAUACAUACAAAGAAUCUGAUUGAUGAGUGAAUCAAUUAAUGUGAUUUUAACGAGUGACUGAUAAUCUGUGAUUGGUUUUAAAAUUGUUCACACUUUUUCGGUGCUACACUAGUGACUGUACUGUCUUUGAGCCGUCAGGGUUGUGCCUGAUGAGAUGUCGAGAUCUGCCGUGUUGAGAGGCUUGGCUACUGCCACUGCUAGAGGGUCCGUUACUGUGAUAGUCACCAGGUGGAGAGGGUCUGUUGGAUUUACCAGGAGACUGGCCCGCUGCCACACCUCUCUGGGCAGUAGGGGGACCGAACCUGGUUGCUAUUACGGAGGACGAUCCUUGGCCUGACUGCUGACUGCUGCUCCCUGAACUGAGGAGGGAGGUAGAAGACAGGGGAGGCACGCUGCCGGUCGAGUAAUGGUGGGGAAACAUAACCACUGCCGCUGCUCCACCACCCACCCCUUCCGGGACGGGUCUCCGUGAUGUCAUAGGGGGCGUGGCCAUCGAGAUCACGCCCACCGGGAACCCGCCAGGGUACCCCGGAGUAAGAGUUGGGGCCGGGGAGCCCUCGUGGGAGCUGGCUGCACUGGGCGGCUCAAGAUGGAUACUCCGAGAGGAAACGGAGCUGGUGUAGCUCUCGCACGAGUGUCGUGGGUUAACUCCCCUCCUGCGCAGCUCCUGAUCUGCCCACGUGACCGACUUCUGCGGAGAGGACAAUGCUGCUAUUCCUGACGCUGUUACGGCAGUUUGCUGCCCUGUUUCUUCAUCGGUUGCCACGGCAGGCAUGUCACCUGUCUCCUCGCACCCCGACCCACGCCGGUACCACAUCGGGUCCGCACACGGCUGAGGCGAAGAGAGUCGCGUCUCUAUAUCGUCCAACUCUCCCUCUCUUGCCACCUCUGGUGGGGAGUCACUGCUGUUUCUCGUGUCUCCCUGGUCGUAGCGUCUGUGGGGGUCUACAUCGGCAAGACUGAGUCUUCUCUCCCGAGAACCACUGUGACUGGUCAGGACACAGAGGGAACCCUCAACGCUGUCCCUGCUCCACCUCCCCUCCCCCUCUCUCCUCCCUUCAUCCUCUCUCCUCCCCACUGCCACAUCGUCACUACUCCUCGUCCUUCCCCCAUCCUCCGCGUCGCUCUGCCCUAUAGUCGAAACACCCGACGGGUCCAUUCGAGACAAGUCAUCUGUAUCUGGUGUUCCUUCGUGGGCCGUGCAACUGAUUUCAACAGAAGCAGGCCGCACCACUUCAUGCUCGUGAAACUCAGAGGCACUGACGUGAUACCACGCUCGUCGUCCACGACCCACCACUACUUCUGAAUCAGUCUCGAUAUCGGCGUCAGACGAGGGCGGAGCCACUCUCGGAGGGCGGAGUACUGGGCGUGGCUGGCGGGGUCCGGAGGUCCUGUGGGCGGAGCUACGAUGGGUCCCGGGGAGAGGACCGGGUGUAGAGGUGGGUGGGGUUCUGGUUGAGGUUGGCCCGCGAGGUCUGUCACCGGCUAUCCGGGAGUAUAGCGGCUCAGAUGUGUGUGGAGUUCUGGGAUGAGCCUCCAUACUGAACACUGGGGGGAGAGAGAGGAGAAAGAUGGGGGAUGAGCACAGUACACAGGGUCAGAAGCGAAAGAGAAAGCACGGGAGUCAAACUCAACUGAAAGCCAAGAGCACUAUGUUAACAACAGCUGUCUUUCUAAUUCCCACUGUACUGUUUUACUCACUGACAGCAGUAAACUUGACAACAGCUAGAUAAUGCUAUGUAGAUCAGUCCUACAAGAAACAUAGCUAGAUCAGGUAAUGGCUAGAAAAGAUCAGAUCAGACUACGUACACUGACUAUCGAUAACGAGCAGACCGACUGUUGGAGCACAACAAAACGUACGUACGCCAGGUCAAGGUACA